AAUUUACAGUGACUCCAUCUGUUAAGCAACUAUAGCAUCUGUGGUUUUGAUGUGCAACAUAUCCCGCCAUGCUAAAUAAACGGCUGAUUGGAAAAAUAAACGCAAAUCAAAUGACAGCCAAACGAGUUCUUCGGAAGAAAUUUGUUUUAGUUUUCCAAAGUGAUCUUUGUUAUAAGUAAAUUCGACACAACGUUUCGUUCAGCAUUGAAGAAACAAAAAUGGCAAAAGAAAUUCCGUCACAAUAUUGGCUGUUGAAAGUUGAACCGAGCGAUUAUCCAUUUUCAAAAAUGAAAGACGACGGCAAAACAACCUGGAAUGGAAUUCACAACCAUCAAGCACAGAACUAUUUAAAAUCGAUGAAAUGUGGUGAUUUGGCAUUCUACUACCAUACCGAAAAGGAGAAAGCAAUUGUUGGCAUUGUGAAAAUUGUUAAGGAAUUUUAUCAUAAUACCGACCCAAAAUUUGGCGAAGUUGACGUCGAAUACGUUCGUCCGCUUGAAUAUCCGGUUACAUUGAAAAUGCUUAAGGAAUCGACAGAUCUACAGUCACUUACCAUUUUGAAACAGCCACGACUAUCAGUUUCAUCAAUAACAUCACAACAAUGGGAUGUCAUCAUAGAAUUAAGCAAUGAGAAACCAAUAGAAUAAAUUGAAAAAUUUAAUAAAAGAAAAAAACUGUAAAAUCUAAACUGAAACUAUUAUGAGAAUUCAUGUAAAAUAAAAUACCCCGUUUCUAA